UUCAGAAGGUAUACCCAAGUUCUCAAAGGAUAUAACCAACGAAUAGGUGAUGAUACCUUGCACAGCACAGAGGGCAUUGUUCUCCUGAGUACUGGGAUUUACAUCAUCGACACACUGAAUCCUUUCCGGAUCCCCAAUGGAGAAGAAAACGAUGGCCGACUCCUGCAGAUAUCGCCCUUACAAUUCGAGUGGCCAAAAAGCUUUUGUACAUAUAACCCUCCGGAUACAAGUAGUAUGCCUGGGGACAAGAACUUUGGGUUUAUGGUUUGGGAACUGUUGAUGGCGAACCGAGUAUCCUCUACGAGGGGAGGGAAACAUCGUGGAGUGAAUUUUAACAUUUGUUCGGAAUCGCAGCUAGAGGUCGGAAACGACACGUUAAAUG